CUAUGUCAACAAUUUUUGCAUGGAUUCAGAAGUGUUAUACAACAACAAUGAAGGCCAGUUUGGAGUUGGAGGGAUUGCUUUUCCUUUUCAAUCACCAAUUGAUUAUCAAUCAGGUUCCAUCAAUCUCUCUCUAUCUGUCAUUAAUUUUGUAAAAUAUUUCUACCCAUAUUGGCCUAAUUUUGUUCACUUUUUCUUCAACUACUCUUGCUGAUAUAUAUAAAUAUAUAUAUAUACACACACAUACACACACACUUGCAUAUAUUUCAAUUUUGAUCAGGACCUUCCUCCUCAAUGACAAUCAAAAGACUAGAUUGCCCUUUUCUAGUAGGGGGUUAUCCAACUAUCACCACAUCCACCUAUGAGAGUUUUUCUGAUCAGCAGCCAUUGUCCUUCAGCAAGAAGCUUUCAGUCCCGCAGCUUGAAACUAAUACUCCAGCAAUACAAAGUUCAAGGAAACGCCCCAUUGAUGUUAAUCGUGAUUUCGAACCAGAAAUGAGAUUCAAUAAUGGGGUCGGCAAUAAGCAACCAGUUUUGAUGGAGUGGGCAACAAACAAAAAGAAGACUGCGUGCUCAGAGAAGCAAUGGCAAGUCGAGGAAGAAGAACAAAGGGAGAUCCAAAGACCAAGAUCAGUUCCCAUGAGGAGAAGCCAAAAGGUAAGUGACAGGAUCACCUCUCUUCAGAAGCUAGUUUCUCCUUAUGGCAAGACUGACACAGCUUCAGUACUUCAAGAGGCUUCCAUUUCUAUCAAGAUACUUCAGGAUCAAAUUCAGAAUUUAAUUCAGACGUAUAUCGGCACAAAGUCUCCGUAUUCACAGGAAACAGGAGAGACACAACUUGACCUACGCAGCAGAGGGCUUUGCUUGGUUCCGGUAUCAUUUACGCAGAAAUUGACAAAGGAAUGACCCAGUUGAUAUCAGUCUGCA